AGUUUGUCUGUGACAUCGUGAUUGUAAAUAGAAUGUUUUCUCUGAAAGUAGGCUGCUAGAAUGCUAAUUUAAAUUAGAAAGUUGAAACAGGUAUUAGAGUUGAGAAACACGGGAACAGUAAUGUAUAUAGACAGUUAAAUAUAGAUAUUUGAAAGAAAAAAAAAUGAUAUGUUUGAUUAAUUUUGUGAGAAAAAGAUUUUACAAUAGUGUAUACGCUGUCUACUGACGUUUGUAGAAGUUUACUCGGGAAUAUGAAUAAUAAACCUUUUUAAUACGGAACAUUUACGUUAGUGGUUAAAUGUCAACGAAGAAAAAACUUUGAAAUUAAUGCUAUAACGAUAAGGCUGCAGCCUAAAUUUCUUCAAUGAAUAUUUCAGUAACUGGAAGCAGCAACAUAAAUGAUGAAUCUGGUUUGCACUGUGGAAAAGAUGCACUUACAGACGUGUUCGGGUGGUUUCUUCAAAUUCUUCUCGCCUGUCUGGCUUUUACCUGUUUAAUACUUAAAAGGUUCUGCGAGCCUCCGUUUGAACGCAGGCCCUGGCUGAUAUGGUUCUAUGAUACGUCCAAGCAAGGAAUGGGUGCGCUGGUGAUCCACAUGGCAAACGUGUAUCUCGCAAACAAAUUCCAUGGAGAUCCAUGCACGUGGUAUAUCAUUAACUUUUUGCUAGAUUCCUCUGUCGGCCUUUUCAUAAUUUAUAUUGGAAUAAGACUGUCGCAGUAUUUAGCUCGGACUAAAAGAUGGGAGGCUAUUAAUUUUGGAGAGUAUGGUAAACCCCCGUCUACCAACGCCUGGCUGGCCCAGUGCUGUCUCUACAUGCUGCUCAUGGUGAUAGUCAAGAUCUGCAUCACGUUGCUCAUCCAGUUUGACUUCUGGAACGCAGUGCGUGCGUUCAUCUUGUCGCCGAUAACAAACCCCAGAGUGGAGCUGGCGGUUGUCAUGCUCAUCAUUCCGUUCAUCAUCAACGCGCUGAUGUUCUGGGUGACGGACAACUUCCUGAUGAGGCGCCGGCACCACCGCGCCUGCCACGGCGACGCGGGCCUGCUGCAGAAGGUGAGGUACCGGUACCGCCGGAUACGGCGGGACAGGCGCGACGACUCGGAGUCGGAGGGGCUGGUGUCGGCUGACGAGGAGCUGUUGGGGGUCAGCGAGAGCCUGCAGCAGCGGGCGUCCGCGACCCCCUCGUAGGGGCCUCCCCCCGUUGUCCCUACCUCCAUCACUCCCUACCCCCGUCACUCCCUACCCCCGUCACUCCCUACCCCCGUCGCUCCCUACCUCCAUCCCCCUGUUCUUUUGAAUUUGAAUUAAUUGUCUAAUGGUUUUCGAACAAAAUUUGUACAUACAGUAAAACUAUGUUUUUUCACACUUCCUAGGACUCCAAGAAAAAUAUUAAUGCCGAAUGUAGUAAAUUGAAAAGAAAAAAAAUAUAAAAA